AUGCUGGGCAAGAUUGUUCUCGAGGAAGCCUCUGAGCGCGCCGAAGCUGACUUUCUGUCCGACACUCAUGACAUUGGCUACACCAUCGUAUCCCUGCCUGUUCCCGGUAUCCUUUCCGACAAAGCCCUGGCCGGGAAUACUCCCCCGGAGGCCAACAACUGGACGGCGGACCAGAUCAAGAAACAACCUCGACGGCAUGGGCGCGCUUGCCGUCUGUCCAUGCACGACCCUAAGCAAACUGACCAGGAGCUGCGUCGCUGUGUUCAGGAGCUCGGAUCCAACGGUGCCCUCCUUUGCGACUUCCAGCACUCCGGCCCCAAUGGCGAGACCGACCUCUACUACGACCAGCCCGCCUACGAUGAGUUCCAAAACGUCCUCACCGAGCUCGACGUCAACUUGUACAUCCAUCCCGCUGCUCCUUCGGAUGUCAUCCUGCACUGGCUUGAUUCAGAACGGAGGCUUCGACCGCCUCCGGAAGCUGAAGAUCAUCGUCGGUUACAGGCGAGCACAUGUUCUUCGACUUCCGAUAUCACGACCAGCGGACACUUGUCCACUGCCACCCUGAAGUAUGUCGUCAACGAGAUUGGUGCCGAUCGCUUUCUGUUCAGUGUCGGCUAUCCAUACGAAACCAUUGAGAACGGCUGUGGCUGGUGGGACAAUGACUCCAAGGCUAUUCAGGUAGCUGUUGGCGGCGUUGAUGCCUCCUGCCGCAUUCGUCGCAAAGAAGCUGCUCAAGUUGGGCUCUUUCCACGACUCGAAUGCUCCUGUCAACUAAGACGUAUACCGAUGGCAUAA